AUGUCCUCUAUUGGAACAAACAAAGGAAUGAAACCAGGAGCCGAGGUCAUCAUUUUACUGAAUAUUAAAUUGUUGUCUUCUCAACAGGAGCAAUAAAAGCAACCCUGCCAGCAACCUUCCAUGUGCCUACCUAAGUGUCCUGAGCCUUGCCCACCUCCAGAAUGCCCUGAACCUUGCUCAACUCCAAAGUGCCCAGAACCUUGCCUACCUCCAAAGUGCCCUGAGCUUUGCUUACCAAAGUGCCAGCAGAAAUGCCCACCCAAGAGCAAGUAG